AUGCCUACCGACAGCCGGUAUCCUAGCUUACCAAUCCCAGAUGUGGACCUUUGGGCAUUCCUCUUCGAGCGGAAGUCGGAGCAAAGGGAAUUUCCCGACAACAAAGUCAUCUACUUUGACCCUUACACUAAGCGUUCCUACACCUACGCUCAGGUCCGAGAUGCUGCAAUCAGUUUCGGCAAGGGACUAAAAUCGCAAUGGGAAUGGCAAAAGGGCGAUAUUCUUGCCUUGUACACGCCCAAUUGUAUCGACACCCCAGCCAUAACGUGGGGAUGCCAUUGGGCAGGUGGUGUAUUGUCGCCUGCUAAUCCAAACUACACAGUCGAUGAGCUUGCGUUUCAGCUCAAAGAUUCUGGCGCAAAAGCUCUGGUCACACAGUUGCCGUUCAUCAAGAAUGCCCAGGAGGCAGCCAAGAUGGCUGGGAUCUCGCUUGAUCGGGUGAUCAUCAUGGGAGACCAGAAAGACCCAUCAUACAAAGUGAAGCACUUUACAAGCAUUGUCAACACUGCUGGAACGUCGAGAUAUCGCAGGACAAAGGCAACCAACCCAGCAGAAGACCUAGCUUUUUUGGUAUACAGCUCGGGUACCACCGGACAUCCAAAGGGUGUCAUGCUUACCCACCGUAACAUUGUAUCGAAUGUGUUGAUGCUCAAGGUUGCUGAGGGUGGUAACCUGAAAUCAACUGGAGGACCGACAGGCGAGGGAGAUAAGCUCAUCGCUUUCCUGCCAUUCUUUCAUAUAUACGGCCUUACGUGCCUUAUUCACCAAAGCUUAUACUCAGGUUUGCAGCUUGUCGUGAUGCCAAAGUUUGAUCUCGACCACUUUUGCAGAUUCAUUCAGGAACUUAAGAUCACAUUCGCCUAUGUCGUACCACCGAUUGUUCUUCUACUAAGCAAGCAUCCUCUGGUCUCAAAGUAUGAUCUAAGCACUGUUCGAAUGAUGAACUCUGGCGCUGCUCCCCUUACUCGCGAGCUUGUGGAUGCAGUCUAUGGCCGACUGAAGAUCCCCGUCAAGCAAGGAUACGGUCUAUCCGAGACAAGUCCGACCACGCACACUCAGCCCUGGGAAGACUGGGACAAGACCAUAGGUUCCGUUGGCACGCUUCUGCCCUACCAGACAGCAAAGUAUAUGUCCCCAGAAGAGAUGGAGAUGGAGAUUGGUGAAGUAGGCGAGCUUUGGAUCAAAGGCCCGAAUGUCUUCAAGGGAUACCUCAAUAACCCAGAUGGCACUGCACAUGCAAAGACAGCGGAUGGCUACUUCAAAACUGGGGAUGUAGGAUACCAAGACAAAGAUGGAAACUUCUUCAUUACAGACCGUGUCAAGGAACUCAUCAAGUAUAAGGGUUUCCAGGUACCUCCGGCAGAGCUCGAGGGUAUUUUGAUCUCCCACCCAAAGAUCAACGAUGUGGCGGUGAUUGGCGUGUACAGCGCCGACGAAGCAUCAGAGCUUCCUAGGGCAUAUGUUGUACCCGCAGAUGGCCUUGGCAAGACGGAUCAGGAUGCCAAGGAAAUCAUAGACUGGCUAAGUACCAAGGUCGCUCACCACAAGAGACUACGAGGUGGAGUAAGGUGGGUAGAUGAGAUUCCGAAAUCUAUCAGUGGGAAAAUUCUUAGGCGGCUGCUCAAGGUAAAGGCGCAGGAGGAGGAAGCUGGCAACGCGAAAGAGAAGUCAAAACUAUGAGCUGCCUUUACCUGUGCCAUAUGUUAUAUCAGACCCA